GAGUGAGAGGAAAGUAAAAAAAAGAUGAAAUAUUAUAUCCCUUCGGUUAUUCGCCGCUUUCAAACAAAAAAUUCUUUACUUUACCUCUACAUAUUCCUCUAUAUUUUCCAUUUCUUUUAAAAAAGCCAAAUGCUUCUUCUUCUUUUCGUUAUCCACAAAAAGCACCGCCCUUUCCGUUAAUUCUGAGGCUUUUCUUUUAUCCAAGAGCUUUUUUUAUUUUCUUUUUGCCCAUUCAAUCCCCUUUGGCGCAUUUUGUGGAUUGAAUUUCUCAUGAACAAAUACUUCCAAAUAACUAAAAAGCUAACAGACUUGGCUUUCUCAAAACCUUUUAUUUCCAUCAUUUUCCCUCAAAUUCAGAAAUUUGCGCGAGAAAUUACACCAAAUCGACUACUAUAUAUCUUUGAAGGAAUCCAAUACUUUUUUUAUUUUUAAUAUAUUCUUUUUUACUUUGAAAGCAACCUGAGCUUCGAUAUUCUUUUUUUAAUCCAAAUAAUCAUCUUUCUUAACAUACUUUUUACUCAUUUUUCUUUUUUCUGUGACACUUCAAAUUGAGACGAUACUUACAACUUGACACCGUCUCGAAAUCGGAGCUGAACUAUUUUAAACAAAAAAAGAGUAGAAAAUGGCUAUUGCCCAACAGAAUUAUUGCCAACAAAGUUUUUAUUCUGAUUUUAUAUAUUCUGUCGAACAAGUUAAUUUUUUAUGUGAAGUUAUGCAAAGACAUAAUUUAAUAGACAAUUUGGCAAGAUUUUUAUGGACAAUUCCACCAAUAGAAGAAUAUCGUUAUAGUGAAAGUGUUUUGAAAGCACAAGCUUUUAUUUCUUUUCAUAAACAUAAUUUUAAAGAAUUAUAUACAAUAUUACAAUCACAUAAUUUCUCUCCUAUACAUCACCCUGAAUUACAGGCAAAAUUUAAAAUUAAUUUAAAUAUUGACCUUUGGAUGAAAGCACAUUAUUGUGAGGCGGAGAAAAUUCGUGGCCGUGAGGAAACUUUGGGGGCUGUAAGUAAAUAUCGAAUUCGGAGGAAAUUUCCGUUGCCAAGAACUAUUUGGGAUGGAGAAGAAACUAGUUAUUGUUUUAGAGAAAGUUCUCGAGCAAUUCUUCGUUUAUCUUAUCGAGAAAAUCCUUAUCCAUCACCGAAAGCCAAAAAAGAAUUAGCUGAGAGAACUUCAUUAACCCAAACACAAGUAUCUAAUUGGUUUAAAAAUAGAAGGCAAAGAGAUAGAGCUGCUGGAGGGUCUAGAGAUGGACAACCUCCUCUUUCCCAUUCUGUUGACAGAGAUGAAGAAGAAGUAUUUACUUUUAUUAAUGGAGAUACUUCUGCAGCUGAAGAUGAACAACAAAUUUCAAAUUCCUUAAUUAAUCCAACAACAAAUAUAUUUAAUAAAAAAACAAAAAAAGAAGAAAAAGAAGAGGAGGGAAUAUUAUUAAAUAAUAAUAAUCAAAUGAUAUUAGAAAAUAAUAAAAUUGAAGAAAAAUAUUUAUUAAAAACAAUAAAUAAUUCAGUUUACACCCCAACUUCUUCUUCUCUUUCCACAUCAUUCCAAAACAGAGAAGGAAUAAUAAAUGAUAAUAAUAUUAUUAUAAAUCCAAAAAUUUUAAAUAAUUUUCAUCAAAAUAUAAAUCAAACAAUGCUAGGAAGCAGUGGGGGAAUAGCAGCAGCUUGGAUGGGUAUAGCAUACGGAAAUGGAGGAAAUGGAAGAGGAGUAGAUCCAAGAAGAUCAAUAAUUAGAGCUGAAGAUGCAGCUCUGCAGCUGAAGAUGCAGAUGAUUCUGCAGAUGACCGCCCUUUCCGUUAAUUCUGAGGCUUUUCUUUUAUCCAAGAGCUUUUUUUAUUUUCUUUUUGCCCAUUCAAUCCCCUUUGGCGCAUUUUGUGGAUUGAAUUUCUCAUGA